GUAUUCUGGAUCACUGUGCUCAUACAAUCCCUCUCUGGCUCCUCACUCUGAGGCAACAACCUCCCAAGCAGCACCCUGCACUGCCUGGCCGUUUGAUUCGCCACCGAUCGGAUACGUCACAAGUCCCUGUGAUUGUGAUUGGGUCUGUGAGGUACAUUAGGAUGAGAGGGCCCCACUCCAUCGCAGCCUGCGGCGACUGAGAGACACGAGUCCACAGCAGGGUAAAUAUAGCUGCUCCCUAAGACCCAGUCAACAAGGUACAUGACGCUCUGCCAUUCCUAGCAUUAUUCCUAUGGAUGUUCGUCCCAGUUCUGGACAGGAGCUACAUCGACCCCGUGUUUCGGCGGUGGAUGGGGAAAUCAACAGUCGAUGUGGUCUUCCAUCUCAUCACCCGUGGCUGAGAACCCAGCAUGUCCCGUGCCACCACCAAGCGCUACACGGGCUCCUCCUACACCAGCCAGUACACAAGUCCUUAUGGCUCCUCCCUGACGCCCUCCUCCCUCAGCUCCUACUCCUCAGACCGGGACAAGCUGCCCUCCUACAGGAGUAAUGCAGCCUCUUCCUCCGGCUACUCCUCCUCCUCCUCGUCCAGCUACUUGAGCAGCGCUGCGAGCCGCGCCCGCAACUACAGCGCCUCGUCGGAGCCCGACCGGGGCCGCCCCGUCCCCCGCACCGAUCUCCUGGGCAGCGGCCGCCGCAGCGAGAGCCUAAGCCGUGCCCCGGUGAAGAGCUAUGGCUCGCCGGGCCUCAGCGGAGGCUCUGGCUACUCCAGCUACAGCAGCUACUCCUCGUCCACCGCGUCCGGGCGCUCCAGCUACCUCUCGUCGCCGCUCACCGCCUCCAGCCUCUCCCUCGGCCGACGGAGGUCAUCGAGCCAGAGUGACCUGGCGCGGGACCUGUCGUCCCUGGGCCUCGCCUCGCCCCCGUCUCCCCCCUCCAGCGCCCUGAGGGGCUACCGGAGCAGGGACAGCGAUGUAGUCAACACCUACGGUGGCAGCCCGCAGAGCCCCCGCUACGGCCUGUCACGCAGCUCCACGCAGGAGGGCCUGAGCAGCGGCCUGAGCAGCGGCCUGAGGAGCGGCGGCGGUAGCCGCUUCACGGCAUCCUACGAGAGGAGGGACAGCAGCAGCAGCGGCCGACCCGGCUCGCCGGCCAGGGACUCCUCGAAUUCCAAGAACGCCCAGGGCCUGGUGGGUCUACGGAACCUGGGAAAUACGUGCUUUAUGAACUCCAUUCUUCAGUGUCUCAGCAACACACCCAACCUCCGGGACUACUGUCUACACAACUCGUACCGACGCGACCUUAGCAGCAACAGUCGCACCAACACUGGGGCGCUCAUGGAGGAAUUCGCCAAGCUCCUCCAGACUAUGUGGACGUCCUCGAGCAGCGAGGCGGUUGGCCCCUCGGAGUUCAAAACCCAGAUCCAGAGAUACGCCCCGCGAUUUGUGGGAUACAACCAACAGGACGCCCAGGAGUUCCUGCGCUUCCUCCUGGAUGGGCUCCACAACGAGGUCAACAGGGUCACGGUGCGGCCCCGCGGCAACACGGAGGACUUGGACCACCUGCCUGACAGAGAAAAGGGGGAAAAGAUGUGGAAGAAGUACCUGGAAAGAGAGGACAGCAAAAUAGUGGACCUGUUUGUGGGUCAGCUGAAGAGCUCAUUGACAUGCAGUACAUGCGGCUACUGCUCCACAGUCUUCGACCCCUUCUGGGACCUGUCCCUGCCCAUCUCCAAGAAGGGCUACGGAGAAGUCAGCCUGAUGGACUGCAUGAGGCUCUUCACCAAGGAGGACGUCCUCGACGGCGAUGAGAAGCCAACGUGCUACCGCUGUAAAGCCAGGAGACGAUGCACCAAGAAGUUCACCGUACAGAAGUUCCCCAAGAUCUUAGUGCUUCAUCUGAAACGCUUCUCUGAAGCGCGCAGAACCAGCAAACUGUCCACAUUUGUCAACUUCCCGCUGGAGAAACUGGACCUCAGGGAGUUUGCUUCGGAAAACAGCAUAAAUGCGGUAUAUAACCUGUAUGCAGUGUCCAACCACUCAGGCACCACCAUGGGAGGUCACUACACGGCGUACUGUCGCAGCCCCGCCUCCGGCGAAUGGUACACCUUCAACGACUCCAGAGUAACGCCAAUGUCCUCCAGCCAAGUCCGCAGCAGUGACGCCUACGUGCUCUUCUACGAACUGGCCUCCUCACGGAUGUGAGGCCCCCUGGAGGAGCUAGAGUGGGAUGGCACUGCAGAGGCAUGGGGGAGGGAAUGAGGAGGAGGCGGCCGGGGGG